AGAGAGAGAUGGCGGCGAAGGAGAUCAGCAACGGUAGCUCAGAGAAUCAUCUCAAGAUCCCUAAAAUCAAGUUCACGAAGCUCUUCAUCAACGGUGACUUCGUCGACGCCGUCUCAGGAAAAACUUUUGAAACGAUAGAUCCACGAACUGGAGAAGUGACAACGAAGAUAGCAGAAGGAGAUAGAGAAGAUGUUGACUUGGCUGUCAAGGCCGCUAGAGAAGCUUUCGAUCAUGGAAAAUGGCCUCGCAUGCCCGGCUGUGAGAGGGGAAAGAUAAUGAUGAAAUAUGCUGAUCUAAUAGAGGAAAAUGCAGAAGAAUUGGCUGCCUUGGAUACCAUAGAUGCAGGGAAAUUGUAUAGUUUGGGGAAAGUGGCGGACAUUCCUACUACAGCAAACACUUUCCGUUACUAUGCGGGUGCUGCAGACAAAAUCCAUGGAGAGACAUUGAAGAUGUCGAGGGAGCUUCAGGGCUAUACUUUGCGUGAGCCCAUUGGUGUCGUUGGUCACAUUACUCCAUGGAACUUCCCUUCUGUAAUGUUCGCCAUGAAGGUUGCCCCUGCCUUAGCCGCUGGCUGUACCAUGGUUGUCAAGCCUGCCGAGCAGACUCCACUCUCAACUCUCUUCUAUGCAUAUCUUUCUAAGCUGGCUGGAAUUCCCGAUGGUGUGCUCAAUGUUGUUACAGGGUUUGGUCCCACAGCUGGAGCUGCCAUUACCUCUCACAUGGACAUUGACAAAGUUAGUUUUACGGGAUCCACAGAGGUUGGGCGCUUAGUUAUGCAGGCUGCGGCAACAAGCAAUUUGAAACCUGUAUCACUUGAAUUGGGUGGAAAAUCCCCUCUUAUAAUUUUCAAUGAUGCAGACUUGGACAUGGCUGUUAAUCUUGCUUUCAUGGGCAUCUUAUAUAACAAGGGAGAAAUCUGUGUAGCGGGAUCUCGAGUUUAUGUCCAAGAAGGAAUUUAUGAUGAAUUUGUGAAGAAGGCAGCAGAAAAGGCAAAAACUUGGGUAGUUGGUGACCCAUUUGAUCCUCGUUCUCAACAAGGUCCUCAGGCUGAUAAACAGCAGUUCAAGAAAAUCCUUUCAUACAUCGAACAUGGCAAGACAGAGGGAGCUACCUUGUUAACCGGAGGAAAAGCGUGGGGGGAGAAGGGAUACUAUAUUGAGCCCACAAUUUUCACAGAUGUGAAGGAAGAUAUGAAAAUAGCAAGAGAUGAGAUAUUUGGACCUGUAAUGUCUCUCAUGAAGUUCAAGACAAUGGAUGAGGCAAUUCAGAGAGCCAACAGCACUAGGUAUGGCCUAGCAGCUGGAAUAGUGACCAAAGACUUGAACGUUGCUAACACAGUCUCAAGAUCAAUUCGUGCCGGCAUUAUUUGGAUCAAUUGCUACUUAGCUUUUGAUAAAGACUGUCCUUAUGGUGGCUAUAAGAUGAGUGGGUUUGGGAGGGAUAGUGGAUUACAUUCCCUUGAGAAGUAUCUGCAAAUCAAGUCCGUAGUAACUCCUAUUUACAAUUCUCCAUGGCUCUAAUAAUUCUGUAUGUAUCUUUUAAACUGGAUAAAAGGGGACAACUAAUAAAUCAUCCUUAUACAAUAAAAUGCCCUUUUUUGUUCUCUUGGUUUCAC